GUUUUCUGUGAGCGGAGGGUUAGGAGGAAGCUGAGAGUGUUCGCUGCCCGCCUGACGCGCACGGAUCUCCGCGAGUGUAUGUCGCCGCCUACCGAACUCUCACGAAGUGCACGCUUGCCACCGUAAGGACAACAUUUCAAAUUUGAAAUCUACAUGAAAGGGAUAAAUGAACAUCCAGAGAAGCCCAAAGUAGCUGUACUGAUGAGUUACGUAGAAUGGCACUCUGUAUAACAGUGCAAAGUUAAGACGAUGCCUAUUUUAGAACCUCUUCUCAUUUGAGGACCAUCCAUAGUACUUAAUUUUGCAGUGGAUCAAGAAUUUCUAAACCAUCAUGCAUUCUCCAGGGCAGAAUAUAUUUGUCAUUGGCAUAAAAAAGGACAGGACCAAAGUUGUAUGCCAGUGUUCUUUACUGCAAUGUGACGCACUACAUACACGAGGAACACAUUUUAAUGCCUUCACAAGAGGUUACAAUGUUUACAAGGGGAAUUAAGAGAAAAUGCUUGGAUCCUGAAGAUGAGCUUGAAAGCAGCACAACGGACUAUGUUCAUUCCUAUACUAUUGAGCGCCAGUCACUGUUAGACAUGUCUUUGGUAAAGCUUCAGCUCUGCCACAUGCUUGUGGAACCUAAUCUCUGUCGCUCUGUGCUCAUUGCAAACACUGUACGUCAGAUACAGGAAGAGAUGACCCAUGAUGGCUGCUGGCAGGUGUUUGAUGGUCAAAGAACAGAACAACCUCCCCUAGAUCAUUUAGUUUCCACAGAGAUUUUGUGUCGCUCAACUAAGGAACAGGAUGAGGAAAAUACUUAUAUAACUUACAGUGAAGAACUGGAUAUCCAACAGACUCAGGAAAUCUCAGAUCUAACAACGGUCACAUCUGUAAAAGCUGUACAAACCCCACAGGCAACCCUCUGGGAACUGGAAAGCUCACACGACAACCAGGUGCAUCUUCAGAAGUCUCUGGAUCACAUCUUUGAGACUUUGGACAACAGAAAUACAAAUUCUGUAGAGGAUUUGUUUUCAGGCGUUGACACUUCAUACUAUGAUCUUGAUACUGUAUUAACUGGUGUGAUGGGAAAUGCUAAACUUGGACAUUGUGAAAUGCUUGAUGGAUUUCCGUCCCAGGGUGCACCUCCCACAAACUGUAAAACUGAGCACAAUGAAAUUGAUCAUAUUGUAGAGAUACUGGUGGAGUCAUAAAUGGAUUACUUUGGAAAUCACAUUCAUUAUUAGAGUGUAAUUUGCUUACGUCACCAGGUUAUUAACACUAGACAGAAUGUGUUGGGUGUUUUUCCUCUCUUCAAAGUAUUUAUCAUUUAAUUUCUGAGAUCUUGAACUUUAUUCUUAUUAUUUUUAAAAAGUUUCCUAAUUUAUAGGCAAGUAAGCAAUUUCUUUUUUUUUUUGUUAAUAUAUAUUUUGUAAACAACUUUGUUUCAGUAUUAACGUUAUCAAGAAAUGAUGAAUAUACAUUUUUAUAUUUCUCACAAUAAUGUACAGUUUUUUUUACAUCUACUUUUUAUACUAAAGUAGUCAAUUCAUGAUAUUUUGGUCUUUUCCAGAAUGGUUAUGUUCUAGAGAAUGUAAGUGAUGUACAAAUUGUAUUUUUAUAUAUGAAUUCUACUUACAUUAAGUGACUUUAGAUAAGCUGGUGAAACUUAUUUUCAUACCAUGUGGAGUGUAAUUAAUAAACAUUCCUUAUCAUUA